CAUAGUUUAUUGCUUUAAUUUAAUAUUUUUUUUAUUUUUAAUUUUUAAAGAAAAUGAAAUUUUUUAUUUUAUUUGCUUUAGGAGCCUAUUCCAUGGCUGCCGCUUCUCCUGUUAGUCGAGUUAUUAACGGAGAAGAAGCAAAACCGGGUCAAUUUCCGUUCCAAGCUCUUUUGACACCCGAAUUUCCCGAAGGAAAAGCUCUUUGUGGCGGAGUUUUGGUUAGUGACAGAUUUGUACUCACCGCUGCCCAUUGCUUACAUAAAGCCCUUUCCGUGGAAGUCACUCUUGGAGCUUUGGAUCGCACAAAUUUGCAAGAAGAAGGACGCGUAACAUUCCUCGUGAAUGCCACAGACUUCAAAGUUCACGAAAAAUACAACGUUUUAGUCCACAAUGACAUCGGAAUUAUCCGUUUGCCCGAAUCUGUUACAUUCACCGAUCGUGUUCAACCCGCCAAAUUACCUGAAAAUGACAAAAAUAAAUACGAAAAUGAGGUUGCCGUUGUCAGCGGAUGGGGCGUCGAGCAUUUUGGCGACAAAGAAGCUCCCAAGAAAUUACGUUUCACGGAUUUAACGGUCAUCACAAAUGCCGAAUGUCGCAAAAGUUACAAUUUCCUGCUCAUUAAGGACACAACUUUGUGUGCUCAAGGUCAAAAUAACAAAAGUGCUUGCUCCGGAGACUCUGGCGGUCCAUUGGUAACCAAGAAAAGUGGUGAACUCGUCGGUUUAACGAGCUUUGUUGGUGCCGAAGGAUGCGAAGUUGGCUUGCCAGGCGGUUAUACGCGCGUUUCAAAGUACCUCGAUUGGAUUAAAAAGAAUUCCGAAUAAAUUUUUUAAAAAAUUUCGUG